GGGCCGGGCGGUCCCGGGGACUACAGGUAGAGAUAUCAUCCACAGCCGACAAUUGACCAUUCAACAUACAGAUUUUGUUGCCGUAGGGCGUUAACGGCUCAUUUUUGAGGGUUUAGCUAGCUGGCUGGAACGUUCAGUACAGAGUGAGCCGUGCAGCGAGCAAGUCUUCUUGCCUAAGCCCUCUGGCAAACAAUGUGGAUAGAGCUAAUCACCUGUCCGAUCCACUGAUAACUUUGUCCGGCUUUGUGCGUGUGCGUGUCCACAACAUUGCCUUGACGAUGGGUUGCUGCUCGAACUGGUCACCCACCUCCAAGCGGCUGUGCGCCUUGGGCAGCACGACGGGUCUGUGUGUGUUUGCGCUCGUGCUAGGUUUGGUGUGGCCCGCACUCAUCUGGGAGAUUGCCAAGCAGGAGUUUGUGCUGGAGCCGGGCACCGAAGUGUACGAAAAUUGGAUUGAUCCACCGAUCGAUACGUACCUGGAGAUAUUCCUCUGGAACUGGACGAAUGCGGCCGAGUAUCGGACGGAGAAGCCCCACCUGGAGGAGCUAGGGCCGUACACGUUUGUGGAACGGCACGAGCGUGUCAAUCUCGUGUGGAACGACAAUGAUACGCUGACGUUUCAGCAGCGACGCAUCUGGCACUACCUACCGGAGAGGUCCGUUGGCAACUAUGAGACGGACCGUGUCACCACCAUCAAUCCGGUGCUUCUAACGGUCGGGUACGCAUUGCGCAAUGAGCCAGAAUUUCUGUUCUACGUGGAUGGCAUCAUCACCGGCAACAAUCUCGCCACAACGCCCUUCUACGAUGUGCUAGUUCGGGAGAUGAUUUUCGAAGGUUACGAUGAUUUGGUGCUAACGAGUUUGCUGGCCCUGCUCGAGCUGAUCCCGGAAGAAUCCCGACCACCGAUCGAUCUGCCGCCGUACGAUCGGUUCGGGUGGUUCUUCGGUCGCAAUGGGAGUGAGUCGUACGACGGAACGUUCACGAUCGGGACCGGCAAGGAUAAUGUCCACAACACCGGUCUGAUGCGGCUCUGGAACGGAGCAAAUGCGACCGACUACUAUCGGGGCGCGUGUGGACAGAUACGUGGCACGACGGGUGAAGUAUGGCCACCGUGGGGUCGGACGCUGAGCGGCACGCCACCGAACGUGUCCGUGUUUGCGCCGGACGUUUGCAGCUCGGUUACGUUACAGUACGCCGAGGAGAUGGAACGGUACGGGAUCGAUGGGUUGCGCUGGAUCGGGAACGAUCGUGUGUUUGACAAUGGCGUUCACUACGAGGAGUCGCGGUGUCAGUGUACGGCAGAGGACGAAUCUACCUGUCCGGUGCUGGACAAUGGGUCGAUGGAUGUGUCGCGGUGUAAGUUUGGUGCACCGGCCACCGUUUCGUUUCCCCAUUUUUAUCUCGCGAACGAGAGCUAUCUCGCCGGCAUUAGCGGGAUGAAGCCGAACGAGAAGGAACAUCGGUUCGAGAUGGAGUUGGAACCGUACACCGGCGUACCGUUGGGUGUGAAGGCACAGCUGCAAGUGAACCUGAACGUUCGUCAGUACGGAAUGUCGCUGCUAAAAGACAUCCCGGAAGUGAUGUUACCGGUGCUCUGGUUCCGGCAAACGGCGACCCUUACCGAUGAGCUAGCGGACGACAUAAAGCUGAUACUAAUACUUCCCGACAUCGGUGUGUACGUCGCGUACGCGUUGGGAGCCAUCGGGAUCGUAGGUCUAGUGCUGGCGGUGUACUUCUCCGUCACCCGCUGGAAGCUGCAGAGUACAGCGGCGCCAUCGACAGUGGAAGCUAAACAGGCUCUAGACUAAAACCCGCUUGUAGUAGGGAAUAAAACGUAACCCACCGUUCGAAUGUGCGUAGCCCCUUA